CCAACUAGUUUGGCGACUGCUUUUUGCGUCUGGGAUCUUCUUAGCCCUCGUCAUGUCUGAGACGGCUCCAGCUGCCCCCGCGACCCCGGUCUCGCCCGCCCCCGCGGAGAAGACUCCGGCCAAGAAGAAGGCCAGGAAACCGGCGGCGGCGGGCGGAGCGCGGCGCAAGGCCGCGGGUCCCUCGGUGUCCGAGCUGAUCACCAAGGCGGUGGCGGCGUCCAAGGAGCGCAACGGGGUGUCCCUGGCCGCGCUGAAGAAGGCGCUGGCCGCCGCCGGCUACGACGUGGAGAAGAACAACAGCCGCAUCAAGCUGGGGCUCAAGAGCCUGGUCACCAAAGGCACCUUGGUGCAGACCAAAGGCACCGGCGCCUCGGGCUCUUUCAAGAUCAACAAGAAGGCCGCCGGCGCCGAGGGCAAGGCCAAGCCCAAGGCUAAGAAGGCCGCCGCCAAGCCCAAGAAAGCGGCCGGGGCCGCCAAGAAGCCCAAGAAGCCGGCGGCCUCCGGGGCUAAGAAGAGCGUGAAGAAGACCCCGAAGAAAGCCAAGAAGCCGGCAGCGGCCAAAAAGGCAGCCAAGAGCCCGAAAAAGGCCAAAGCCGCAAAGCCCAAAAAAGCGGCUAAAAGCCCGGCCAAGCCGAAGGCGGUGAAGCCCAAAGCGGCGAAGCCCAAGGCCGCAAAGCCCAAGACGGCCAAGCCCAAGAAGGCAGCGGCGGCCAAGAAGAAGUAGGGAGGGCCUGCGCCAACUUUCUCCUACACCCCAACGGCUCUUUUCAGAGCCACCCACCGAUCUCAGAAAAAGAGCUUAAAUGCACGGCGUCACUGCCCUAUUCCAUUGUGGGAGGGAAUGGGGAGAGGUCACUAACCGGGUGCCAUACUGUUUCCAAAGCGGUGAAUAAAUAUGGUAUGUG